AUGAGGCCGCACGUGUGUCCCCUGCUGCUGGCGGCGCUGUGUGGGGGGGGUGUGUGUGCUCUGUCCCCCGUGGGGGACACGGGGGGUCAGGAGCGGCUCCUCCUCAGCUCUCUGGGGCUCUCCGGGGGGGGGGGGGGCCCGCAGGGAGGGGGGGCCCCGCCGCCGCGUCCCCUCCGGCUGUGGGGGAUGUUCCGGAGGUCAGAGGACAUCCAGGCCCGGAGAGCGACCCCUGGGGGUGUCUGGGGGAGUCCGCGGGGGGGGGGAUACGUGCAGGACCAAGGCCGGCUGGUGUCGGGCUGGAGCAGCAGCUGUCAGGCGUGUCUGCAGAAGCAGCUUUUCUUCAACAUGUCCGUCCUGCAGCCUGCGGAGCUGCUGUCUCUGGCUCGGCUGGAAAUCAAGUUCCACUGGAAGCCCAUCAGAUCGGCCGAGCUCCUGCAGGGGCCCCGGGCCCUCAGCGUGUCUCUGUAUAAAGUGAUUCGAGCCACGCUGAGGGGAGCCGAUCCCCAGGCUAACCGCAGACUCCUGCUGUCCCAGUCCGUCCAGCUGCAGCCAGAGACCGCCUCCAUCACCCUGGACCUCACCGCGCUGGCAGAGAGCUGGCGCAAACCGGGACGCAACUACGGUUUGGUUUUAGAGCUGCUGCCUCUCAGCGCAGAUCCACAAGAGCUGCUUCCUUUCCACCCGGGGAACGCCCUCCCUUUGGAACCAGCCUUCGCCGUGCCGCUGAUCCAGGCCUCGUUGGUCGCCGUGUCCCUCAACCCUCAUCAGUGUCGCUCCAGGCAGAGAAGAAGCGCCGUCCACCUCCCCGUGACGCCCAGCAACGUGUGCAAAGCCCGUCGCCUCUACAUAGACUUCAAAGACGUGGGCUGGCAGGACUGGAUCAUCGCCCCGCAGGGCUACAUGGCCAACUACUGCCACGGCGAGUGCCCGUUCCCGCUCAGCGAGAGUCUGAAUGGCACCAACCACGCAAUCCUGCAGACCCUGGUGCACUCCCUGGACCCGCUCGGCACGCCCCAACCCUGCUGCGUCCCCAUCCGCCUGUCCCCGAUCUCCAUGCUCUACUACGACAACAACGACAACGUGGUGCUGCGGCAUUACCAGGACAUGGUGGUGGACGAGUGCGGGUGUCGAUGAGGUCGGUGGACAGUUUGACUAUCGAAUAUCCGCAAUGUUUUCUUAAAGCUUUUUGGCACAAAGUAUUAAAUUCUAGUGACCCAGUGCAUUUCUGAUUUUUUGAUCAGAUUAGUUUUUCUUUUCAAUGCGCCGGGUCUUUGCAGUCAAGAAUUUAACGUUUGUAUUUCUUAAUCAUUGUGCGACUUUAAACACAUCUUUUUUUAAAAUGAAGGCUGAUGUUAAUAAAAUUGCAAUAAAGCCACGCUGGAGGACUGAAUUUAAAAGAGAAGUUUUCUUAAGUCAUGAAUUUUGGUCCGUACUCAUCAGCGCCUGAAAAUAAAAAUGACCUCGGGGCCUCUGGCCACCGAGCCUAUGAGGGGCCCAAAGGCUCUGUGAAUAAGAGUCCAGUGUUUAAUUUAAUUUAAUACAUUUCCUGGGUACGCACUCAGUACAGUCAA